CCAGCCAAAACAGGAGCGGUAAAAAGAAACCAAUGACUCCCAUUCUCUGUGUUCCAAAAGACCACACACACAAUUGCCUCAAACAUUUGUGUUUGAAGACAUUCACAUUUAAUUUCUUCCAUAUGCAUAGUUCCAUUCUGGAGAGGGAGAAACCACAUCAAAUACAUACCAAUUUGCCCUCCCAUUUGGAAGAUAAACAUACACACACGAUGACGGCCUGCAAUAACCGAUUCAUCAUCAUCCUCGUCGCCGUAUUGCUACUGCACAUUUCAUCGUCACAAACCGCAUCCGGUCACGGUCACGGUCACGAGGAAAUACGGUUCAGCUACGUGAAAGAACACCACAAUGGCCCAGAAAAGUGGGCAUCGCUCCACCCAAACUACACGGAUUGCAGCGCGGGGGACACCCAGUCUCCCAUUGAUCUUAACGACAACAACGUUCAGGUCACCUCUACCCUUGGCGAAUUGAUACGAGAGUACAAGCCCGCACCCGCUGUCCUUAUUAAUAAAGGCCACGCUCUUCAGAUUGUGUGGAAAGAAGAUGCAGGGAAAAUCGUGAUCAAUGGCACUGACUACUCACUAGUCCAAACCCAUUGGCAUACUCCCUCUGAGAACACUGUGAAUGGCAAGAGAUUUGACAUGGAGAUGCACCUGGUUCAUAUGAAUGCACGUGACGAAUUGGCAGCUGUUGGGAUCUUGUACGAAAUUGGAGCCCCGGAUCCUUUUCUUGAAAAUUUGAUAAGCCAUAUCAAGAAUGCUGAUCAUGAGGGUAAAGAUUUAGGCAUUAUUCACCCAGAAAAGAUUGGAUAUGGAAGCAAUGAGUACUACAGAUUCAUCGGUUCCCUCACAACUCCCCCAUGUUCACAAGGUGUUCUAUGGACAGUUAUCAGCAAGCCGAGGUUUCAUAAGGCAGCAUGAGGUUCAAAACUAUGUCUGCAAUCCGAUAUUUUUCAUUAAAAACGUGAAAUAGUAUUUGACACUUGUUUACAAAACACAGCUAACAGUGUACUCAAGUUCCAAUUUCCAUAAUGUGCAAUUCACGCUUAUUACCAAAACGACUCUCAGAAUAACACAAGACUCUAGUA